ACCCUUCCCACGCACCGUCGUUAGCCAAAACAGAAAAUGGCUUCAGCAGAGUCCCAGCCGCGAUUCGGCCAGUCUGUCAAAGGUUUAUUAUCCGAUAAAGUGGGCUCCUGUAGCGGGGACGUGAUCGCACUGACCCGCCAAGUGCUGAAGGGAUCCCGCAGUCAGGAGCUUCUCGGUCAAGCAGCGAGAAAUAUGGUGAUUCAGGAGGAUGCCAUCCUGCACUCUGAGGAUAGUCUUAGAAAAAUGUCCAUCAUUACCACACAUUUACAAUACCAGCAGGAGGCCAUCCAGAAGAACGUGGAACACUCGAAAAACCUGCAGGACCAGCUGAGACACCUGCUGAAGUGACUCAGGGGGCUCAGCAGGACUCUAACGUUGGACCACAUCCACCAUAUUUCUACAGUGUAACGCGCUGCUGGCUGCUACAUAGGGACUGAUCGAUGUGCGGGCAGUGCUCUGUAUCAGACACAGUGCCUGUGUGCAAAGCAAGGAGCAUGUAAAAAGUUUACUUGAGUUAUGGAAAAUGUUUUUGAUCAAUUGUAUUACGUUAAUUUAUUAAAUACCUUGUCUGCCUCAUCUUAGCUCCUCAUACUGCCACAUUUUUAAUGGUUUUUGAUGCUUUUAGGUUGUCAAAAGUCCUCUUUACUAAUAAAUGUUAUUUUGAAGAUUGUUAAGAAGUUAAGUUGAAGAUUGAUAGGUGAAUGUCAUAUUAUUGGUUGAAAUUGGUUAGUUUAUGCUUACACGUCACAUUUUGUUUUACAGGAAGACACAAUGUUUGGAUUUUGAUAUAAAAAUAAGUUAGUUUUUGUAUAUUUUUUGGCAUACAUUGUUAAAUAGAGGUAAACUAUAUCUGAGAAUGCAAUCUUAAAGGGUUAAAAUUAUAUUUUUCAUUUAACUUAGACUUUAAAGGACCAGUCAGUAACAUUAAGGAGAAUCUAUUGUCACAUAUGGAAUAUAAUGUUCAUAGGUUUUUGAAGGGUUUGAAAUAAAAGUAGUAUUUUGUAUUGUAA